CAGAAGCAAGUAAUUUUAUGGGACAUGGUGGUUACCCAAUACCAAUUUAUCUAGGAUGUUAUGCUGAAACUCCUAACGAUAGUGAAAAUCGUUUAUUAAAAGGUCCAGCUGGGCCAUAUACUAAUAAUACUCCUCAAAAAUGUUCAGAAAUAUGUUUCAAGAUGGGAUAUUUAUUUUUUGGAGUUUCAUAUGGAUCAGAAUGUUGGUGUGGAAAUCAGAGACCAGCAAAGUCGGCAAAAGUAGAAGAUAUUAAUUGUGAUUCUCCGUGUAGUGGUGAUGGUAAACAGUUCUGUGGUGGAGGAUGGAAAAUGGGAAUUUAUUCAACAGGAAUUACUGACUAUGUGCCAAAAAAAUAUAUUGGAUGCUUUGAUGAUGAUGGUAAAAAAACAAAAGGGAAAUAUUUAUCAUUUUCAAUGGAUACCAAUAAUAGUCCUAAACGAUGCAUGAAUCUUUGUAACACUCAUAGAUUUAAAUAUGCUGCUGUUAAAGGCAAUAUCUGUGAAUGUAAAAACUAUGAACCAAAUUUUAAUUUAAAAAGAAGUUUUAGUGACUGCAAUACUUUAUGUACAGAAAACCCAUCUGAAUAUUGUGGUGGUAGUGUUACAGUUAGUAUUUACAAGACUUUAUACUCAGAUCCUCUUGCAAAAGUGUCAGUAAAGCCUAUUGGAUGUUUUACCAAUUUAAAGAGACAUCCAGUAUUAAAUGGUUGGAGAAUAUCACAUGCUCGCCUUACACCCAAACAUUGUGUAUAUAGUUGUCACACAAGAAGAUUCCCAUAUGCUGCACUUAUAUCUUC